GGAAUUGAUUCAUGUAUGGGUCAUCACCCUUUCCAAAUCAAAAUACCCUUGCGAGCAACAAAUAUAUUACCAGUUACCGCCUUGCAUACUUCUUUUGUUCAUUCAAAAUCAUCCACAAACAGAUUUGAUCCAAUCCGAUCCAAGCUUUAUGACGGGCAUAAGCGUUGGAUCAUGUUUCUAGCCCUUUGGUGAAUGCUCCCUUGACUGCCUCCAAAAGCAAAAUCUGCUUGUUCGAUUCGUGGAUGACUGGGAUAUCUAGUUUCUUGUACACAGAUUGAAUCUCCACAACUAACCAGUUCAUCUAAUGGCACAGUGCUAGGUCCCAUUCCCCAACUUUUGUAUAAGUAUCUUUCUCUUGGCCAGUUUGACUUCGAAUUCUUCAUCGUUCAAGCAAACGUUUCUUUCUUUACCCAUCACAUUCAUUUACACAGUCCUCGGUGACUAUCUACAUUCAUUACUUCAUUGAUUGAAGCUUAUCAACAACUUUUCAAAUCCAACGCUCAUUUUUUCCACCUCACGAAAAACUUCCAAACACUUUUUCCAUCAAAAUCAUCAAUCUCAAGAUUUUAUCAUCAAAAAUGUCUUUCUCCAAGAUCGCCGUUGUGGCUGGUGCCGCUUUUAUCUCUGGUGUUGCUGCUCACGGACGUGUCCAAGGUAUCACUGCUGAUGGUGUUUGGUACGAGGGUUACAACCCAGCUUUCCAAUACGAGCAAGUUGCACCAGUCGUUGCUGGAUGGUCCGACCCAACUGAUCAAUCGAACGGUUUCAUUGCACCAGAUGCUUAUGGUACAUCCGACAUCAUCUGCCACUUGGCCGCUACCAAUGCUCAAGGAUACGUUAAUGUCACUGCCGGAAGUGAGGUUAACUUGCAAUGGACCACCUGGCCCGAUUCGCAUCACGGUCCAGUCAUCGACUACCUUGCUGCCUGUACUGGAGGUGAUUGCACAACUGUUGACAAGACCACCCUCGGAUUCUUCAAGAUCGAUGGUGUAGGACUUAUCGAUGAUUCCACCGUCCCAGGUACAUGGGCAUCUGAUCAGCUCAUCGCCAACAACAACUCCUGGUCUGUUACCAUCCCAGAGUCCUUGGCACCAGGUGGUUACGUUCUCCGCCACGAGAUCAUCGCACUCCACUCCGCUGAGCAAGCCGAUGGAGCUCAAAACUACCCACAAUGUAUUAACCUUUGGGUUUCCGGCUCUGGAUCUGCUGUUCCAGCUAGCGCAGAUACCACUCUCGGUACGGCUCUUUACACCGAGACUGAAGCCGGUGUCAACGUCAACAUCUACGCUUCCAUUGCUUCAUACGAUGUCCCAGGUCCUACUCAAUGGGCUUCCGCUACUGCUUCCGUUGCUCAAGGUACUUCCGGAGCAGUUGCCACCGGAGCCGCCGUCGUUUCUUCAGCUGCUUCUUCAGCCGCCGCCGUAGCUACCUCAAGCGCCGCUUCAUCGGCCGCUGUUGUCGCCUCUUCCUCCGCUCAAACCAGCGCACAAGUUGCCGCCGUCAGUUCCGCUGCUCCAGUAGCCUCCUCCUCAGCUGUUGCCUCCAGCUCCGUUGCUAGCGUUGCUUCAUCAGUUGUUGCCAGUUCCGCUGCAUCAGUUGUUACCUCAGCCCCAGCUGUCACCUCGGCACCUUCAAACGUUGUCACUGAUAUGAUCACCGACUACGUCACUGUUACUGACGUCGUAACUGUCACCGUUACCGCUGCAUAAAUUCUGAACCUCUUUGGUUUAAAAUCAGCACCUCCUUUUGACUAAAAAUCUUUUUGAUGAUAUUUUGAUGGUUUAUUUUUGGAUCUGAUUCGGGCUAUCGGGCAUAGCUUGGAUGGAAAAUUUAUGAGCCGCAUGAUGAGUUGGAUAGGCUUCAUGUCACUUUCUUGUAUAUAUUAUGUCCUGUAUAAACAGAAUUGAACAUUUUUCGA